CGCGGCGGGGCAGGGCAGGGCCGGGCAGUUCGGCCAGAGCGAGAGCGGGAGCCGGGCCGGGGCCGGAGCCGGAUCCGGGGCUGAAGACGCGGUCGCGGCCAGACAGGGGUCCACGGCGUGUCGGGAGGCGAGCGGCGGCCAAGAAUCUGUAACACAAGUUAAAAAGCGGCAGAUGCCUUCAGAGACAGCAUGUACUCCCAGCAGGAAGGGAUCAGAGAAUUCAAGGAGAAGCAGGUUUGUCUACGGAUUUUGAGCAUCUGAAGCUGACCUCUGAAUUUAAGCAUUCCCUGCUGCUCCCUCACCCUUUGAAGAGAUGUCUGUCACUUAUGAUGAUUCCGUUGGAGUCGAAGUGUCCAGCGACAGCUUCUGGGAGGUCGGGAACUACAAGCGGACCGUGAAGCGGAUCGAGGAUGGCCACCGCCUGUGCAGCGACCUCAUGAACUGCCUGCACGAGCGGGCGCGCAUCGAGAAGGCGUACGCGCAGCAGCUCACCGAGUGGGCCCGGCGCUGGAGGCAGCUUGUGGACAAGGGGCCUCAGUACGGGACGGUGGAGAAGGCCUGGGUGGCCGUCAUGUCCGAGGCAGAGAAGGUGAGCGAGCUGCACCUGGAGGUGAAGGCCUCGCUGAUGAAUGAGGACUUCGAGAAGAUCAAGAACUGGCAGAAGGAGGCCUUUCACAAGCAAAUGAUGGGAGGCUUUAAGGAGACCAAAGAAGCCGAAGAUGGCUUUCGGAAGGCACAGAAGCCCUGGGCCAAGAAGCUGAAAGAGGUAGAAGCAGCAAAGAAAGCCUACCACGCAGCGUGCAAAGAGGAGAAGCUGGCAAUAUCACGAGAAACCAACAGCAAAGCGGAUCCAUCCCUCAACCCUGAACAGCUUAAGAAAUUGCAAGACAAAGUAGAAAAAAGCAAGCAAGAUGUUCUUAAGACCAAAGAGAAGUACGAGAAGUCCCUGAAGGAGCUGGGCCAGGGCACGCCGCAGUACAUGGAGGGCAUGGAGCAGGUGUUUGAGCAGUGCCAGCAGUUUGAGGAGAAGCGCCUGCGCUUCUUCCGGGAAGUUCUGCUGGAGGUUCAGAAGCACCUAGACCUGUCGAACGUGGCCAGCUACAAAAACAUUUACCGAGACCUGGAGCAGAGCAUCAAAGCUGCUGACGCGGUGGAGGACCUGAGGUGGUUCAGAGCCAACCACGGGCCAGGCAUGUCCAUGAACUGGCCACAGUUUGAGGAUGAAGAGUGGUCUGCAGACCUGAACCGAACUCUCAGCCGGAGAGAGAAGAAGAAGACUGCCGAUGGUGUGACCCUGACGGGCAUCAACCAGACCGGCGACCAGGCUCUGCAGAGCAAGCCUAGCAGCGACCUUAGUGUCCCGAGCAACCCCGCACGGUCAGCGCACUCACUGUCCAGCUACAACCCCUUCGAGGACGAGGACGACACGGGGAGCACCGUCAGUGAGAAGGAGGACAUUAAGGCCAAAAAUGUGAGCAGCUACGAGAAGACCCAGAGCUACCCCACGGACUGGUCCGACGACGAGUCUAACAACCCGUUCUCCUCCACGGACGCCAACGGGGACUCAAAUCCAUUUGACGAGGACACACCCUCGGGGACGGAAGUGCGGGUCCGGGCCCUUUACGACUACGAAGGGCAGGAGCACGAUGAGCUGAGCUUCAAGACUGGGGAUGAGCUGACCAAGAUAGGGAAUGAGGAUGAGCAGGGCUGGUGCAAGGGACGCUUGGACAACGGACAGGUUGGCCUGUACCCAGCGAACUACGUCGAGGCGAUCCAGUGACGGGCUGGUGGGCUGGCUGGCGGAGGGGUGGAGGUGGAGGGCCCAGGAGCUCUGUUAGCCAUUGGCCCCGGGCUCUGGUGCCUCCAGCCAGCUGUGUGGGCCUCCACUCCUUUUCCUGCAAAAGAUGAUGGUUCCAUUGCUCUUGGCUUCAUGGUGUCUCUUGAAGGCAGACAAGCUGGUCAUUUUACCUGGGACUCGGCACCCUUUCCACAGUGCAAAUGGAGAGAUGUGCAAACAGGAAGAUGCAAUACAACAGAAAUCGCCGGGCCCCUCCCCGCCCCCGCUCCCGCUCCCCUACUCGCUGUGUGUUGGCUUAUCAUGGAUCUGUAUAUUCUUGACCUUGUCUUUCCUCCUCUCCUCCAAGUCCAUGGUAAUGGUGGGUUACACUGAUUCUGGUUCCACUGAUUACUUUCUCUGACGAGUCCCAUCACCUGCAACUUAGAUGAACAAACUUAAAUGCCAUUUUCUGAGGGAGGACUUUGAGGUUUUUAAUUUAAAGGCUGUGUACAGUUACUUUUUUAUAUACAUGUUCUUCCAUUCAUUUAUACUUAAAUUAUGGCAUAGAUGGAUGUACACCAGUCUUAAGGAAAUAUCUCUAUUUCCAUGUCGUACUGUUAAUCAACCAUGCCACUGCCUGGGGCAAGCUGCGAGAGCCGGUAGCUCAUUUGGACAGACAAUGUUUGAGACAAGAGAUUGCAGUAGAAAGAUGGGAACACAUGGUUGGAUUCCUGUUGUGAAUGCUGUCCACAUUUGGGGCAUCCAAAUGUGAGUUUCGCAAAUAACCUUAUGCAGUACUCUCUAAAGUCACCAUAUUUAAAAACUAUUUUCACUCUGUGCUUAAAACUUCACUCAUGCAAAUUAACAAUUUUAUCAGUGAUUUGAAAGGUUAAAAAAUAAGAAGACUAACUUUUCAAGUGAAUGCAUCUAUAGUUAAGAUGCUUUAUAUUAGACUGUCAUGUCUUGGUGUAUAUCUGUAUAUAUUAUUUGAUAUUCAGAGAAUCUAAAGAGCUCGUCUACUGUGUUAAUGAGAUUUAACAGCUUUUGACAGUGGGUUUAAUUUGUAAACUGCUUGAAGACCGUGGCAUUUGGGCACAGGCCUGGCUGGUCGGCUGAGACCCUCCGGGCUCGGGCCCUGGGCCUCUCUGAAGUGGAGCCUGUGGUAGGGAAGUCUGUCCUCACUGGCUGGCUGUGGGUCCAACUUCUAACUAGCCUUAGUCCUUUCUGUAGCAGAACACUGUACAAACCUCCCGUGUCUUUCCAGCAGUUGCAGAUUUCACUGUCAUCUGUAUUCCUCGUGAGCAAACAAAAGCUGGAUCUCACCCCCCUAGCACAAGGGUCUCUUCUCAGCAUCCUUAGUCAUCAGGGAGCAGGCGUGCUGGGGCAGGAAGCUACACUGUAGUCACGGGGCAGGGGAGGGAGGGAUAACCUUUAUUUUGUGUAACUCAGACAUUGGAGAAAUGGCUGCUGCCAUCACAAGCUAUGCAUUUUAUUCAGUGUUUCCAGUGAGCUUGAUGUCUUGCUUGGAAAAUGGAUGUGUGUCUGUCUGUCAUGAACACUUACCAGCAGAAAUCCUCAUUCCUUUGCUACAGAUGUACCAAAAAUUGUCACGUCUUUUCAGUUUAGGUGUUUCUUUAAACGCAUAGUAUUUUAGAAAAAAAUCAAUAAACAGUUGAUCUCGUGAGUAUGA